AUGUACUUGACCACAUCAGUUACUGACCGUCGCGAUAAGAAAACUGGCAGCCUCAUUGCCGACCCUCUGAACCUCAAGAAGGUCCUUUUCACUAUCAAUUCCAAUACGCUGAAGAAAGACCCUCGCAUUAAUAGUUCGGGUCAUAGCAGCAGUGGGAUUAUCCAAAAACCCGAGCAAACGUUGAAAAUGAAAGCCACUGGCUUCCCCAGCUUCCGCCACCCGGAAUCGGUGUAUAUAAUUACUGGUUUGAUACUUGCUAAGGGCCUGGCACUGAACGUCGAAAAUGAAAGCAUCAGUUUUCGGAUCAAGCGUGAAAAAGAUGCUUUCUUUGCCUACCAAUUGCCGAAGUUGGAGACCAAAGGGUUGAAAGCGAGAAGAGAAACAUUUACCGAACCCGAAGUCUUCUCGUCGCCUGGGAAUGAUGGUAUACACACUAAAGAGAAUGAACUUGCCAUACAAUCUACAGAGGUGGAAAGUACCAAUAGAUGGACAAGGGAAAUUGAGCAGAUCAUCCAGACCCUCUAG